AUGGUUGGUGUUUCCCAUCUUUUGCUGGCCCUAGCGGCAGUCGCCAGCGCUGCCUCUUCAGCUUCAUCCGGGAAUACCUGCAAGAAGGUUCAGCAUGACUUCCCCAAGGGUACGAACAAAAACGACCCUCGUGCCGAAGCUGUAAAGCAGGCGUAUGCACGCGAGUGGCGCGAAUACUCCAAAUAUGCUUUCCCGAAUGAUGAGCUUCUACCCCUGACCCACAACUAUACCGAUGAUCUCUUUGGAUGGGGUGCUAGUGUUGUUGAUGGAAUCGACACUGCGAUAAUCAUGGGUCUCACGGAUAUCGUGGAGCAGCAGCUGAAGCAUAUCGCCUCAGUCGACUUCACGAAGUCUCCUGAUAUCGUUAACUUCUUCGACAUCAACAUUCGUUAUCUCGGCGGCCUUCUAAGCGCUUAUGACUUGAUCAAAAGCGGCCGCUUUCCCAAUCCGUACGAUGAAAAGCUUGUUGAGGCCUUGCUAUCCCAGGCCAAGUCCCUGGCUACCGCCAUCAGCCCGGUAUUUGACACUGCCUCUGGCCUGCCUGCCUCUACCAUGAACUUUUCGACUGGCGAAAUUAUGAAGAGCACGACGGCUGUCAAUGGUACUAAGUACAACAGUACCAAUACUGCACAAGCUGGAACUAUGAUUCUAGAGUACUACAGACUGUCUGAUUUAACUGGAGAUGAAUCAUUCCGUCAAAAUGCUCAAAAAGCCGAAAAGUACUUGAUUAACCCUCAGCCUGCGCCGGCUUUCCCCGGUCUGGUGGGCACUGAGCUUAACACUGAAACGGGCAAAUUUAUCACUCUCGAUGGUGGCUGGGAAGCUGGUGUCGACAGUUUCAUUGAGUACCUCAUCAAAACUUACAUCUACGACCCAGAAGAUGAUAUGGUUGAGCAGUUGAAAGACUUCUGGCUUUUGACCGUCGAGUCAAGCAAAGAAAAUAUCGCGCUUAGUCCCUAUAAAAGACCGGAACUCACUUUCCUGUCGCAGCUUGACGAGAAUGGUACCAUCAUGUGGUCAAUGGAUGAUUAUGCAUGCUUUGCCGGUGGCAAUCUAUUGCUCGGUGGAGCUUAUCUUGAUCGACCAGAUAUCUCAGAGUUGGGCGUGAAAGUGACUGACAGCUGCCAUUGGCUGUAUAACACGACAGUUACUGGACUUGGACCAUCAACAAUCGCCUGGUACAACGAGCACAACAGAGCAUACGACAAGUCUUACAACAAGAACGCCACCCUUCGCUCAUACGCUGCCAAGUACGGAUAUUUUAUUGAAGACCCAUCAUAUCGCUCGUACCCAGAGCCGCUCGAGAGUAUCUGGUAUGCCUACCGUAUCACCGGCGACACACGCUGGCAGGACUACAACUGGGAGAUUUUCCAAGCGUUGAACACCACUCGCUCGAAGUCAGUCCCUUACGCUGAAAUCACUGAUGUCAAUGCUCCAUAUGGCGGGGACUUGGUCAACUAUGUUUCCAGCUUCUACUUUGCCGAAGUCCUCAAGUAUCUCUACCUCACAUUCACCGAGCCAGAUGUCGUUAGCCUGGACGACUUUGUGUUCAAUACUGAGUGUCACCCCAUGCUGAAGAAGAACGCUUGCUAA